CGUGACGGAACCAACGAACGACAACUCGACGCACGGCAAACAGCAGCAACAUCCAACUCCCGGCACUUUCCUUCCCGACAAAACAACGUACGACCCCCUACAUUUUCAAAUUCAUAGUUUGGAGAAUUGCAGAGUUCGCAGAGGAUUGCAGCUGAUAAAAUCUUUGAUCGAUUCAGACCACCCCAACAACCGCCAAAAUGACCGGAGUCUCUGUUCGCGAUGUCGAUGCCCAGAAGUUCAUUGAUGCCUACGCUGCUUUCUUGAAGCGUCAGGGAAAGCUCCCCGUUCCCGGAUGGGUUGACACUGUCAAGACCGGCCACUACAAGGAGCUCCCUCCUCAGUCGAUGGACUGGUUCUACGUUCGUGCUGCCGCCGUCGCCCGCCACGUCUACAUGCGCAAGUCUGUCGGUGUCGGUCGUCUCCGCAAGGUCCACGGAGGACAGAAGAACCGUGGCUCGCGCCCCAGCCACCACGUCGACGCCUCCGGCUCCGUCGACCGCAAGAUCCUCCAGGCUCUCGAGAAGAUCGGUGUCGUUGAGGACGGCCUCAAGGGUGGUCGUCGCAUCUCCCAGCAGGGUCAGCGUGAUCUGGACCGUAUCGCCCAGACCACCAUCGAGGAGGAGGAGGAGGAGGAGGAUGACGAGUAAAUUCUUCAUCUAAUCUAAACAAAAACCUUCCUUUCUUGACCUCUCAUA